AUGACGGAUGGAGCAGAAGAAGGCAUUCUUCGAGUGGCUGAAUUGGCGCAGACUUGCGAUGAUCUACUUGCGGGUCUGUUGGAUAUAGGAGAGUCAAUACAUGUAGACGUGAAGGGCAUCCACGCUCGACUACAAGCUCUGGGCACCUUGUUACGUUCCUCUCAGCAUAUUGAACGCUGCGGCUGGUUUCAAACGACUCUCCAAGAUUGUAGACGUGUUUUGAGCCAGCUCCGUGAGACGGCAAACACUUGGCCCAGCCGUCAACCUAGUGCGAUUGGACAUAUCAGUGCUUUGGCUGACAUUCAGAACUCUUUGUCCCUGGCUUUAUUUACAAGUAACAAUGAACUGAAAGAUGCGACUAUGAUCAAAACUAUAAAGCAAGGCCUCGAUACCAUUUCAAGUCACUUGAUAGAUGUUAUAGAUGACAUAUUACCGGCGGCUCCUUUUGUCACCAGUAAAAGCACAUUCAAGCUGCAUGAAGCAAAACUUACCAUCAAUGGAAAUUGGGAUAACAGCUCAUCCAGGCACGAUAUAAUUUGUUCAAACUGUUUUCUUCAUGAUAUAGGUGGCAGUGCAACGAUCACGAGACUAAGGUUUGGCUGCGACUGUCCUACAACUGAGGGAUCUCACGAUGGUGAACUGGAGUACCGAGUACUAUCCGCGACCUUCUUGGUGGAACAUAUUUGUCCCGGUGAAGCGCGUGCAUGGCACAUGAUACUUUCCAAGCCGCGUACUAAUGCCAUAGUUUCUAUAAUCAUCUCUGGACUUGCACCUGCAUACAUCUUCAAAAUCGACAGACUUGCCGGAAGACUUGCCCAUCAGUUCUCAAUGAGCCAAACUACAGAUCCCAAACACAAGGAGAUAGUGUUUGAAGAAGAGCUAGUGUACAGAUUGAUUUCCGUCCCGUAUUCCCCAGGGGCGUUCGAGGCCUUUCAAAACAAACUACCAUCGCAGCUAGAAUUCCACACAUCUAAUACUAUAGUCAGGCUUGCUUGGCAGCCCCAGGGAGUUCAAAUGAGACACUACUCAGUCGCAACUAGGCCAAAAAAUAGAUAUAGGAUCAAAUCUCUUGAGGCUCUCCCAUGUCCAGUAUUUGAAAUAGAGAUUUUCAGGGACUGUAAAGAAGCAAGCAAUGACGACUUUAACAUACUUGUUUACAAAGACUCAAUUAUCACUGAUGGGGCAACGCUAGGGCGGCCCUUAUGGGUAACACUGUCUAAAGUUAGCAUGCGCCAAGGUACAGCCCCUUUCGACAUUUCUGGAAUAAGCUUUGGUUUCGAUAAGAGAGACGAUGCGGUGAAUUGGAAGACGUACGUCGAAGCCAUGAGAGAUCGGCUGCAUCAGCUGUAUGCUCAACGAAUGUUGGCAUUUGAAUACGAAGUAUACCAUCAAGAUUCUACGACAUUGCGGCAAAGAUUUAUUCCAGAAUCAUCCAUAUGUCAGGAUGUUGAUAUAUCUGUUAUCUCCUCAGAUGUUAAAGGAUUUACAAAGAAUAAAACUCGUAUGGUGGUGAAAAGAAAGGGCCGACCCGGUUCCAUAUGUCUGGAUUUCGAAUUUUCCAUUCUAAAAAUUGCGCAACGAGGUCUCCUCGGCUCACUAGAUCUUAUCAAUUUCUGGACCAAUGACGACGACGGUACCAAUACCCCUGUUGUCCAGCAGACUAACUGGAAAAAGUUGAUUACACGAGGCAAAAACGGCAAGCUAGAGCAGCCGCGAAGUUUGAGCGGACCGCAAGUAUUAAGUGAAAAAAAGGUUUCCUCUGACGAAUGGUUUGACAAGAUCGAUCGGUUGAAGACUGUCAUGGAGUUGCCAGCUUCUGCCAAAGAUACAUACAAGUCAGUCAAGAUCUGUGUCAUUGACACGGGCUUCAAACUAGGAGUCAAGGGAUUCACGAAAAUCAAGGUGUAUAAAGAUUUUGUGAAUCCAGGCUCUACUAGCAUGUGUGAUAAUACCUGGCAUGGCUCAAUUUCUGCCAACAUCAUCAUGUCAAUCUAUGAGAAAUGCGAGCUGUAUGUUGCCAGGGUAUUCAACUCUGAUGAGACCGACGAUAAGACAGUGCCUGAAUUGAUGGCCCAGGUAAAUCGCACGGAGGCCAUCGAAUGGGCAAUAACACCUGACAUCGACGUUGACAUUAUCAGUAUAUCGGCUGGAUUCCUCUACCACUCUCCCAGGCUACAGGAUGCCGUGCAAAAGGCCAGCGCCGCCAACAAACUUGUCUUCGCCGCCGCAUCCAACUGGGGUAAUUUGGGGCCUGUGGCCUUUCCGGCGCGGCACAAUCUCUACACCAUAUGCGUGUUUUCCACUGAUACUCAUAACCGAGCGUCUCAUUUCAAUCCAGAGCGGCGGUCAGACGCGCACAAUUUUGCUAUCCUCGGCGAAGAUUUUCAGCAUCCCGGUGAUGCAAAUCAGCGGGUACGUGGCACCAGUACUGCCACAGCCGCGGCAGCAGGGCUUGCGGCGCUCAUAAUUGACUUUACGCGGCACCUAUUUAACUGCCAGUCCAUCUUUAGAGUGGCUGAUGUCAGUAAAAUGCUUGGAAUGAUUGCCAUAUUCAACGCCAUAUCUGAGCGGGCGGGAGAGUUUAAGUGUAUCAUGCCGCUGAAAUUACUUCCCUCAGACUUUGCUGGUAUGAGCUUGCAGCAAAUGAGAGAGUAUAUUAAGGAAAGUCUGUCGAGGGCAAUGGAUCAGGCUAACUGA